ACACGCGCGUGCGCAAUGGAACACGUGCGACCGCUCCACUCGUCGCUAUGGCAACCCAAUGAUUCAAACAGUUUGUUCGUCUUGAUGUCAGCCCUCCCAAAAAAAAAAACAAACAGUCCGAAAGAUCUAAAAGCCACCGCAAUAAUCAUGCAGCUCUUCAAUCUGCACAGGAAAUCAAUUUACGUUCUCUACCAGAACCAUUUGUGCUCGUUUUCAACACUGACAAUCACGGUGGUAGUGCUGCUCUCGUUGAUCCUCCCCUACUACGUCAUAUCGUUCAUCAACCCCGGUGCGCUGUGGGAUCGCUAUCGACUGGUCUACGAACAGCCCGAAGUGCACUUCAACUAUCGGUACCUCUUCCUGGCGGAAGUAGAUCGCACCGAAGCGGCAAGUGUAAGCCGGCAUCUGAUCACAUGCAGCUCGUUUGAAUCGUACAACGAGCUAACUGAGCAACGGCAGGAUUGCAGUGCCAUCAAGGUAACAGCGGACGAUGGCAACAUAGAUGGCAAAAUAGAUAGGCUAAGUGCAUCCGUUGCGUUCAAUCUACCCGACGAUUCACUGGGGUUGGUGUUUUACACAUUCUAUUUCUUCUUGGACGUGCAGGUUAAGAGCAAUUGUCACUUUUCCAUCCCUGCCCUAAUCGCCCUGAACAAACAAAUCGCACCAACCCAACCAUUCGCAUCCGGUACAAUUACCCACCUCGGUCAUCUCAGGGCGAGCCAAACGGCCUCGCUGCAAUGUCCAUUCCCGAUGCGUAGCAUCAAAUCGCACUUCAGUCACAAUUACUACCCUCAUGAAAACUACACCUCGGUUGAGGAAUUCCUCCCGGAAUCGAUCCUGCAUCAAAUCGAGUCAUCGAACGCCGCUUACUUCGAGUUUGAUCAGCAACGCUCCCGGUGGACACGGGAUGGAAGUGGUGACAUCGAAAUCACGAUUGAACUGCUGAUCGGUGGAGAGGACUGCCCGCGCACUGCUCUUCUGUAUAAUGCUUCCCUCUGGCAAAAGGGGGCUCAAUUCUGGAUCCAGUACUUCUCGGUGCUAAUCGUGUUCCUGUGGAUUGCCGAUAAGCUCAAGGAUUGGCUGUUUGAAAGUUACAUGAUCCGAGCGAUGGAGGUUGUACCAUGGAAGCAGAAAGGGAUGUAGCUUUCGAAACAUAGAACUUGAGAACUAAAUCAC